AUCAUCUCUCUGCUGCACCGUGGCAUUGGGGUGAGCCAUGCUGCACCAGGCCAGACGACUGACGCCGAGGUGGACACGAGGUUUCUAUGGUCCAGUGCAGAAACACAUUGAGGAACGGUUGCAGUCAGAGCUACAACCCCUUCAUUUAGAGGUGAAGAACGAGUCCCAUGGCCGCAAGAGCGACGAAUCUCACUUCCACGUCUUGGUGGUCUCGAAGGCCUUUGAUGGCCUGAAACCCUUGCAGAGACAUCGCUUGGUGAACGGCCUCUUUACGGCUGAGGACGGCUCCUUGAAAUUUCAUUCCCUGCGAAUCACCGCGAAGACCCCUGCCAUGUGGGAGCAGGACCCCUCCGUGGCUGCCCGGCCAAAGUGCACCGGAAAAGGCGACGGACGCGUGGCCACGGACGCUGAGCGGCUCUAGGCACAAAA